GUGCACGAUGCAGUGCUGGACGGAGUCCAGGUAUUUCGCGUUGAGACCGAUUCAGCCUGGACCGAACUAAUGGAUGUACAAGUCAGCGUAACACCACCAAGCAGACCGCGCGAAAAUCCGUUCAAUAGCAUCUUUCGUAAGAAAAGACAGGCGAAAAUACAGGACUUCUCUGGGCUGCCAGACUACUGUCACUGUGAACCAGUUAAGGUCAUCUGCCCUCCUGGCGCUCCUGGACCCGCUGGCGAACCCGGCGAAGACGGACCACCUGGACCACCAGGACCUCCCGGAGAAGACAACACAGUGACAUACGCACCGGUGACAUGCCCGCCUGCUGAUACCUCCUGCAUCAAGUGUCCCGCCGGCCCACCUGGACCACCAGGACCCGAUGGAGAAGCCGGGCCAGCUGGACCCGAUGGACAACCAGGACCUCCAGGACCACCAGGAGGUGAAGGCAAGGCGGGUCCACCAGGACCAGUUGGUGAUGCCGGAGAGCCAGGGCCAAUGGGACCAGCUGGUGAAGCAGGUCCACCUGGAAAAGACGGCGAGAAAGGCAAAGGUGCACCAGGACCUCAAGGACCUGCCGGACCGCCUGGGCCACCUGGAAAUGCAGGUCCGGAUGGCGAAAAAGGAGCUGAAGGACAACCUGGUCCAGAAGGCCCACCUGGUCCUCCCGGUCAGGAUGGCGCUGCAGGCGAAGACGGCAAACCUGGAACCCCAGGCGGACCAGGCCUUCCAGGAAACGAUGCAGCUUAUUGUCCGUGCCCACCUCGUUCUGCUGUCUUCAUCAGUCGUUUCACACAGUGA